CAAUGACCCCACUCCCCAUCUAACGAUUUCAUCUCUUUUCACGAACUUUCCAAGAAAACUAGAAGAAACCUAGAGCACAACUUAGACGAAUUGACAUUCGGUAUCCGAAACCGACUCAGAGACAAAUCAUGGCCAACGCACGGACAGUAGAUUCUGGCGCCACUCCUAAUGCCUCAACACUCGCUAUCAGUCAACCAUCUACGACGACUUCACCAGCCAAGCUGCAUCAUGAAACAUCUCUACGGGCUGCUACGACCAUCUUGGGGGCGCGAAAUGUCGGGAAACCAACAGAAGAGGAGGAGAAUGUGGAGGAUGGUGACGGUGGGGCGACGUUUUGGAAUAAGGCCAAGGCAAAAGUGAGAAGCAACACGGGGUUGCUUUUGAUUGCUGCCUCACAAGCCUUCUUUUCCUUAAUGAAUGUUGCAGUGAAAAAGCUCAACACUAUUGACCCACCCGUCACAGCAUUACAGCUCAUUGUAGUGCGAAUGGGGAUAACGUACCUGUGCUGCAUGGUUUAUAUGUUGGCAGCAAAAAUUCCAGACCCAUUCCUGGGACCAAAGGGCGUGCGGAUAUUGCUUGCAUUUCGAGGCUUUACAGGCUUCUUCGGACUGUUCGGCAUCUACUAUUCGCUGCAAUACCUCUCCCUUUCCGAUGCCACAGUCUUGACGUUCCUUUCGCCCAUGUGUACCGCUGUAACCGGAGCACUUCUGUUGGGCGAGACCCUAACAAAACGACAAGCGCUCGCUGGAGGCAAGUCCCGCGUUUUUCGCUGCGCCCAUUUGCGAGCUCAACGGAAAUUGCAGUCUGUUGCCCUUCUUGGAGUUUUAGGCGCGACGGGCGCUUAUACUACUAUCCGGGCCAUCGGCAAGCGCGCCCAUCCUCUCCAUGUCCUCACCUCCUUUUCCUCGCAAUGUGUGAUAGUCGCGGCCAUCGGCAUGAUCGUGAAGCAUGAGUCUUUUGUCAUUCCAGCGCGGCUCGCAUGGCUGGCCAUGUUGGCUAUGAUCGGUGUAUUCGGAUUCCUGGCGCAGGUUCUUCUGACGAUGGGACUGCAACGCGAAACGGCCAGUCGAGGCUCUAUGGCAGUCUAUACCCAGAUCGUGUUUGCCACCAUCUUCGAGCGGGUAUUUUUCAAUAUCAAGCCGUCUCUCCUUUCGGCUAUCGGCACAUCCUUGAUCAUUGGUUCGGCAAUGUACGUUGCUCUGAGCAAGAAGCCUGACGAGAAGGAUUCAAAGCCGUCAGGCAACGCCGUGAAACUGCAGCGGGUGUCGGAAGACGGGAUGGAGGAAGGCUUGCUCUCGAGUAGGGACGACUCGGGCGACUCAGAUGGAGACGAAGAUGCCAACAGGGACGGCGGACGGGAAGGCAGGAAUCAUGACCGGCCUGAUGAAGACGAUGAUACCGACCUCGCUCUGCCGUUGCAUCAAUCUAAUGAGGGGGCGCGGUCAUGA